AACUGUCGCUCACCUGGUGACUUACAUCAUGGUCUUAAAAUCGGUAAUAACUACACGCACGGAAAAACAGUUCGAUACUCUUGUAACCUUGGGUACACACUUGAAGGCGAGGCUGAACUGACUUGUGUAGAUGGAAGAUGGAACACUGCCACUCCCAAGUGUAAAGGUAAGCUUUCAUUCUUGUUUUCCAUUUCCAAAAUAAAAACUUUCGUUGAUUUUGCAUUGGAAGUUAAGGUUAUUUUAUUUGCAACUUUUCAAAUGACGUGGCAAAUUUUAGUAAUGGCUGCAAAAUGAAUUAUAUAGCCCACAACUUUGAACUGGUAAAAGAAGAAUUAACUCGUGAGCGUCUACUCAAGUUGCAGGCUAAAGCUUUACUUGAUACCCUGCAAUCUUCAUUUCCCGUAUUGGUUUAUUAUACAUAAACGACAAAGGCUAAAAAAUUAACCACCCUGUAAUUAUUACGAUAGCUGUUGAGUGUGGUAAUCCUGGCAAACCAACUAACGGAAAGCAGAUUGUCAGGAAGGGCUACGUCUAUGGUGGAUCAGCCAAGUUUUUUUGUGACAAGAAUUACACUCUGGUGGGGACUAAUGUUAUAUAUUGUCAAGCUAAUAGGAGUUGGAGUUCCUCUGUUCCACGCUGCGUAGGUACGUGCCAUGUGUAA